CUCCACGUCUACAUGUCUGUGUUGCAUGACAUGUUUAAUUGAUGUUGCCACGCAGCCAGUAGAUUGCUCUACACCUAUAUAAGGAAAUCUUAAGUCUUCUUUAUAGACAUAUCGUACAGAUCUGACAUUUCCUGCUUCUUUUUAAAAGUAUAAUGUCCUUGUUUUGUUUCCUGGAUACAUGACACCGUCUAGUAUUUUUCUUUAACCACAUAGUGGUUAGAAAAAAAACACGGUGUGUGUGUAUGUGUCGACACUUCUGGGCGUCAAUAGUUCUCAUGUCCCAGCAAGCCCCUAACAUUUACUCACCCUACCUGCCUGCACAAAGCAUAGGGGUGCUGAGGAAUACAGCAAGAGCUGCCGCUUAACCAGGACAUAGUCUAUCCCCGGCUUUUAGGUUGCAAUUCAAAUUGUGCGCACCUACCACCGCAUGUAUUUUCAGCCCAGCCUUUUGUUACUCACAUUCCAGUCUUCUCACCUUUGAUUGUAAGCCUACAGCACGACUCGGGAGUGGCUUUUGGUGACUUCAGGGUGCGCCCUGAGCGGCUGACACGCGGAGCUGCGCAAUGAUCGAGGGUGGGCGCAUAGGUAGAAUCUGGGACAAUGGGUGUGUAGCGACUGAAGAGACAAAACAGCCAAAGAAGAGCAAAUCCUAGACUUCUUGUUUGAUUUUCUUUUUGAUAAAUAAGAUGUCUAGACGCGUCAGACCCGGCUAUUGCCGCCAAGAAAUCAACAAAACCUCAUGGGAAGUACCGGAGCGGUACCGGGAUCUGAAGCAGGUGGGGACCGGAGCGUACGGGACGGUCUGCUCAGCAGUGGACUCCAGAACAGGAACCAAAGUGGCGAUCAAGAAGCUGUACCGGCCUUUCCAGUCCGAGCUCUUUGCCAAGCGGGCAUACAGGGAGCUGAGGCUUCUCAAACACAUGAAACAUGAAAAUGUGAUCGGUCUAUUAGAUGUGUUUACAGCUGACCUCUCUCUGGACAGAUUCCAUGAUUUUUAUCUGGUGAUGCCGUUCAUGGGGACAGAUCUGGGGAAGCUGAUGAAGCUGCAGAGGCUGUCUGAAGAAAAAAUUCAGUAUUUGGUUUAUCAGAUGCUCAAAGGGCUUAAGUAUAUUCAUUCUGCUGGUAUAAUUCACAGGGAUCUCAAACCAGGAAAUCUCGCCAUUAACCAAGACUGUGAGCUCAAGAUCUUGGACUUUGGUUUGGCGCGGCAGGCAGACAGUGAGAUGACAGGGUACGUGGUGACUCGCUGGUACAGAGCCCCAGAGGUCAUCCUGAGCUGGAUGCACUACACUCAGACCGUGGAUAUUUGGUCUGUGGGCUGCAUCAUGGCGGAGAUGCUGCAAGGGAAACCUCUCUUCAAAGGCAGCGACCACCUUGAUCAGCUGACCGAGAUCAUGAAGAUCACAGGAACACCAACUCAGGAAUUUGUAUCAAAACUAGAAUCUGAGGAUGCCAAAGGCUAUAUCAAAAGUCUUCCAAAAGUGGAAAAGAAAGACCUACAGAAGGUGUUUUCCACAACCAACCAACAAGCCGUGUCUGUACUGGAGCGCAUGUUAUUGCUGGAUCCGGAUAACAGGGUAGCCGCUUCAGAUGCUCUUUCACUGCCUUACUUCUCAGAGUUCAGAGAACCAGAGGAGGAGACGGAAGCACAGCUGUACGACCACUCGCUAGACAACACAGACCUGCCCCUGGACCAGUGGAAACGUCACACCUUCACAGAGAUCUUAACCUUCAAGCCUGUUGUGCCAGAAUCUAAGGAAACCUCUCUGUAAGACACAAAGAGUUGGCUGUGCAGACUGGGACCAGAACAAACUAACAUUUUAUCUUUUUGCCUGUGGAACCUGUUCACAAUUCUCUUAGAAGUGCAAGCUGCCAUCUUUUUGACCUCCCAGUUGUGGGUUUGACUCUUUCAAUGUCAUGUCGGUCCAGUGGCUUGUUUCCACAGUCUAGAUAGUAUUAGACCUUUUCAUGUCUUCUCACAGUGCGGAGGAUGCUAUACUGUCAGGUAAUAAUAUUUGAUAAGUAACUAAGCGAUCAAAUCAUUAUGGAGUGUUAUUUGUUAAGUUAUUUAUCCAUGUUCAGUUUUAGUUACAAUGCAGUUUUGUUAAAGUGGUACAUGCAGUAUGAGUUCUUUACCAAAUACAUCACUCCCAACCAACUGGUAUGAAGUACAAAUCAAGCAAUGACAGCAGUGUCUCUGUGGGAAAACUUAUUUUAUUUAAAGAGAAAAUGGAAACAUUUAGUGAUAUUGAUCCUGACAUUCUCAACAGAUCUGAAUCUAAUUCAUAGUUUGAUUGUAGAGUUACUGUGUUAUAGGCUUUUUGUGUUGUAAUGUAUCAUUUUGUUAAGCAACUUCCCUAGUGUCCUCGAGAGACAUAUGACUGGAAUUAAUGGGGGGGGGG